AUUUACACUACAGUUGUCGUUUAACGCCAGUGAAAUCGGGUUAGGUAUUACAUAGUUUAUCCGAUUUUAUGAUUACCUAAAAAUCAUACCUUUAUUUCCUUGUGGGUAUAAAGUGUGUGUGCAAAUUUAAAAGACUUAGGUUCAAGCAACAACAAGCCUUCUGAUGGUGAGACAGCUUCCCUGGUUUCAAGGCUUAAUACCAGUCUCGACCCAGAGGUGAUCAUUACCACCUGGUAAUGAAGGAGUCAGUGAAGAGCCCCAUCAUGCGACCUGCUAAUUACAGAUUUAAAAGAAAAUAACAUCUCUGAAUCAAGUGACGCAUGCCCAGACCACAGUGAGAGAAAAUUCCCAGAAGAGAGUCUAUUCUUGAACUCCGCUGAGACAGAAGUGAGCAUCGCCAAUAUUAAACUCCUCCAAAAUGUGGAAGAACGUUAUGUCCAAGUUGAAACCUCCUGCGCCGUCAGAUCACGCCAUCGAAGGAGCGCAGCAGGUUUUACGCAAUUCCUCAUCCCCGAUGUUGCAGCGUCUGAGGAUGAUCGCGAAGUUGUCCAGAAUCCUUGGGAAGGACGUAGCCAGCACUAAGGGAAGGCCCAGGCUUGUGGAUACUAGAGCCAGGCCUGCCAUGCAGAACAGGAAGCUGAAACUCCUGAAAAAAAUGCGGACGGCCUUGGGGAAAAAGAGCAAACCGAAGAAGCCUAAGAACAACAAACUGAAGGAAUCCAAGUACUGGAAGAAGUUCGCAGAGAAGAAGCCCAUGCAGAUGGUCUGCUUCAACCUUCUGCAGGAUGAAGAGGAGGAACCAGAAGAAAACGAGCCGGAGAUCCUAAUAUCCCUCUGCACGAAGUUCGUCUCCGUGUCAGACGAACUCGUCUACGACUUCAGCACGGGCUACUACGAGCAGGUGGUACACAACGACCCUCUACAGAAUCUCCUGUACAUCCCUUCCAAGAUCCACCUGAAGGGUCAGAAGCCCGUCGUUGAGGAGGAGGAGGAGGAUGAAGGGGUGACGAGAGGAACCCAGAAGAAAAUGGAAGAGGACGACAGUGUGUACUUCUUGGACUUCCAGCAGCCACAGCACAACGAGGAGUCCUCGGAAUCUGAAGAUUCAGAGUUGGAGGGCCUCAAGGAUGACUCACGCCGUGAGUUGGAGGAACUGUAUCAAGGAAAAAUAUCGAAGGAGGAGCUAGCCAAAAUAGACUCACAGCCAAAUCCUUUCAACUUCAGCGACCGUGUUUCCCAGACCACCAAGAUUGUGCACAAGGGCACUGGCAUGCAAACCGAUCCUCCUCCUGCCACGCGAUUUCUCGUGAACGUGAGCCCAAACGACAUUCACCACUUCUACAUGAAGGACCAGCAGGAAAAGCUCAAACGAGAAAGGAAACGAAGAGAAGAUGACGAAAGGGACAGAGGAAUGCAUGGAAACAAACCCUUAGAUCGUUUCACUCUUUCGAUACCUAAAACAACUAAGACCAAGCUUGGGGAGAUGUGUUUCGAUUUGGGGCCUCUCAACAGUGUUGCCAAAGUGGUCGAGAGGAUGGUCACUCAGAAUAUUUUUGAUGAUAUUCUGCAAGAUUUCAAGUACUGGGAGGAUGGAAGUGACGAAUACAAACCAAUGGACGGGUCAUUACUUCCACUCUGGAGAUUCAAGUAUGACAACACCAAAUCACUCAUUGUCUCGGAGAUCACUUGGAGCCCCAUAUUGCCAGAUCUCUUUGCUGCCGCUUACAUUCCUUGUGAGAUAGGAGGUCAUGAAGGUCCAGGAAUGAUGUGCGUUUACAAUCUGAAGAACACUGUUACCCCAGAACGAGUCUUCCGUGCCCCUUGUGGUGUCAUCACAGUCCAGUUCCAUCCCCAGAUAGCAAGAUUAAUGGCAGGGGGUUGGAGCGAUGGUACCGUUGUGGUGUAUGACAUUCAGUCUCUGUCUUCCACUCCAGUUACUUCCACAGUAGUGAAUGGUAAACAUGUCUUACCAGUCACAAAGGUCCGAUGGAAAACUAGUGAACCAGGAGAAGACCUGCAAUUCUUCUCAGUGUCUCUGGAUGGUCGAGUCACCCACUGGUUUUUCCAUUCCUCUCAACUUGCAUUCAAUGACUUCCUGAACUUCAAAGAAAAAAUAACAAAGAGUUUUGUUGGCUGUGCUCCCAUUGGUCUAGAAGGGUCACCGACUUGUAUAGCGCUUUGUCCUGAAGAUGAGCAAGUGCUGUUGGUGGGUGUAAACACAGGAGUUGUCUUCCAAUGUAGCACUGUCUCCAGCCAUUCUGUGAUUCGAUAUCCUGCCCACCUGGCCCCUGUUCGAGAAGUGCAGUGGAAUCAUUUCCACAACAAGGUCUUCAUAACCUGCUCUCUGGACUGGACUGUCAAAGUUUGGAUGAAGAAUAUGAUAUCUCCUUUAAUUGUGCUGGACAUGGGUGGUCCUGUAGUUGGAGUCACUUGGUCCCCAUACAGCAGCAGCGUGAUUGUUGCAGUGACUGAGGAGUUUCGUGUCAACGUGUAUGACCUUUUCAUCAGGAUGUGCCGUCCACUUUGCACCCAGGGUGUACUCCAGAAGAGGAAAAUCAGUGGCACAUCAGUUGCACUAAGCCCUUUCUACCCAGUUGUCAUUGUUGGAGGAGAUAAUGGCCAUCUCAUUGCCCUGAAACUCUCCCCAAACUUGAGGAAGCUCCAUAAAGAUGCUAGAGCUGCUGAUGCUUUAACCCAGAAGGAAAUCGAGUUGGCUAAAAUAGAGAGGCUGAUUUCACUGAUUAACAGAUAGCCUUCGUCAGGACCUAAUUCAUCAGAACUUCUCUGCAGACUAUUUUCACAUAUCACAUUUUAUAUUUCCAACAA